AUGGUUUACCACUUCACCAAUUACUCUAGAGGAUACGUCGUUGAAUUUGAGCCACCGUGCUUCAAAAGCUGGCUUCUAUUGCCAGCAGAAAACUUAUGGAGCGAAGGCCUUCGUGGAUUUUUGUAUACAGUGGCCAUGCUGUACUUAUUCUUAGGGAUCGCGAUAAUAGCAGAUAUAUUUAUGAGCUGCAUAGAAGUAAUAACAAGUAAAAAACGAAAAGUGACACGCUACGAUCCAGAGAAGCAGGAGCGAGUUGAGAUUGAAGUUUUUGUGUGGAACGAAACUGUGGCCAAUCUAACUCUUAUGGCGUUAGGUUCUUCAGCCCCUGAAAUUCUGCUGGCUGUGGUAGAGACGGCGCAAAAUCUAGGUAAUGAACCCGACGCAAAACAAGAGGAUAAGGACGGUCUUGGUACAUUUACGAUAAUUGGUUCUGCUUCAUUUAAUCUCCUUCUUAUCACAGCGAUUUGCGUGGUAAGUGUCCCGAGUGGGACAGUUAAAAAGAUCCGCGAAUUUGGUGUAUUUAUUGUGACCUCUGCUUGGUCUCUCUUCGCCUAUGUCUGGCUACUAGUUGUUCUAAAGUGGAGUUCUCCGGACGAGAUCGAACUAUGGGAAGCAUUUGUUACUUUGAGCUUUUUUCCUCUUCUUGUCGUCACGUCAUGGUGUCAGGAUAACGGUUGGUGGUGCAGGAGAGGACGAAUCUUGAGCGUUGAGGCUCCUGAGGUGAGUACAUUCAAACAAUUGUAAUUAAACUGCAUUGUCUUUGUCAAUUAGUAAACACGGGUCAACUCAGUUGUUGGGAUUGAUUGGGGGAAAAAUCCAGUUUAUUUCCUACGUGCCUAAAAGCAUCGCUGCAAAGAACAAGGGUUGUUGUGUAGCUGGUGUAGCGCACGUGCCCUGGUGAUCAUUUGAAUAAAAUCAUUUGCAAAGCUAUCUACUUUCUAAUGUAUUUAUUAUGUAAACAUCUUCUCUUGUGUGCAUUAAGAAUUUUGUUCAAAAGAUGCCUUUUACUCACAAUGUUUUAAAUUGCAGGAAAUACCUGAAGCAGAAAGGUCGUAGGUUUAACGGUUUCUGGGUGAAGUUAGUUCCGCUAGACAACUAUGGCAACCAAGAUUUUAAGUUUUCCGUGAUCUAAGCCUCACAAAGUAUUUUACCGAUAAAUGUUUUGUAAGUGUUUGUGUUAAUUUGCAAGCGUAAAAUCCUUGACUUUCUAUCCCAUCAAGUAUCUUGUCAAGGCACGGCUAAGAAAUUAAAAUCUGUUCACUUAGUGCACAGUUUUGACAUUUUCCGCCCGUAGCAUCGCCAAUACCGCCGUUCCUAGCUCCUCGCCGCUAGGAACGUUUCUUCAGGGGCACCCAAAGUCAAUUUUCGGAAAAUAUCUGUUCGGAAGACGAUUUGAGAUCUAGAAUUUUCGGAACAUUUGUUGUAAAAUUUCUUGCUUUCCUGCCUCUCCUAGGAUUUUCGAACAUCUAGAAAAUGGUACAAUUGCCCAUUUUUAACCGAUUUUUACCGUAAAAAGGUCACCUAGAAUUUUCGGGAGCCUUUUUUUUGGCUGAAAUUUUCGAAAAGGUAAGUUUUAAUCCCUUCGGAUCACUAGACUUUCAGCUAGGAAAUCCGAACAGAUGAAAAAUUUUUAGGGGAUAAAAAUAUGCCUAUAUCUACCGUUUAAAUACUAAAAUACGUUUAACAAUGCUAUGUUUAAGUGGUUUUGAACUAUAUUCUCGUUGGGUACCCCCGUUUCUUGGGAAGAGUCUGUCAGCCGCAAAAAGUCCCUAGCGGACUGAGUUGCCUGACUGUCAAACCAACUUAAUACACGGCGAGCUGUAUCUUCAGUAAUUACAGAGAGGAAAAUAUAACAUUGACUACUGACAUUAAUUAAAAUCUUGACUAACGAACACAUCAUUGACGGGUUUGUUGUCUACUACAGUUACACAACCUCGCCAGGGAACACAAUAAUCCUUGUUAUAAAUUUUUUCCUGGAGCUGAUACAGAAAUUUUAAAAUCUAUGGCAAAUUACCAUAUUACCUGCCUAUUUUAGCUGUCGACCUUCUAUAUUGCCGGUCUAUCUUUCUACAUUUUCGAAGACAAUAGGGCACUGGUAACAGAGGCAAACUUUUGAAUUUGUUUUCAAGUGCUACAUAAAAAAUUUAUAGAGUGCAAAAACAAUUUCUACUUCAUGCUUAUGAACCAGUUCAGUCCUUAACUUUUAAUAACUUGAACCGAUCAGUAUUCUUGCUUCCAAGCCAUUAUAUUUUUCUAUGAAAUUUAUCCGUCGGUUGCCUGUAAUCGUCAAAAUGGUUUGUAAGAACUUAAACUUAUCAGGAACGAAACGACAACCUAGCGGGGUACGGAAUUUUUUUAAGAUUGAAAUGAGGAAAUCCGCUCUUACGCUAACGAAUUCACUGACAAAGUUUCUGGCGAGUUUCUUCAUUAAAAGUACAACCAAUGCUGGGUGUAACCUUUGAGAUCUACUGCAUCCUGUUCAGACUGUCAUAUAUCAAAUUUCGGCAGAUUUUUAUUUUCACUGGACAUAGAGUAAGAGAGUUGAGAAGUCAGGGAUGACAGAUGCUUGCUUGAAUAAUAUGAAGCUUACAUUUUGAAAUUACCCGUAAGCGAUAAGUUUCAUUAUUAUACACAACCUCGUUCCCAGGUUCUAUUAAUACACUGUACUCAUUAUCUGUUUUCUCAUUGGCUAAGAGCCUACAGCUACAGUAAUUUUGGAAAUCAGCGUAACCUGAAGAUAACUUAGUUAUAGGUUACGCACGCAAUGCAUGAUUUCCAACAACAAUAUCAAUUCAGGUUCCUUGCGACGGUGUGUUGUCGUUAUUUUCUUCAAACCUACGUAUAAUAGAUUCGGUUUUCGUGAUAUCCUAAAUAAUCAAGGUCUUGGUAAGUGUUUUAAGCCUCGGCCUUCGGCCUGGCCGAUAACACUUACCUCGACCUUGAUCAUUCUGGAUAUCACAAAAAACCUUAUCCAAUAAUUGUUUAAAAUUUACAGAAAUAUGAAAGGAAGAAAAAACAGCAACAACAACGUGAAAACGUCACCAAAAAGGUUUUUCACCUGCUCUGGCGAAGGCAUUUAGGUCACUUAGUAUAAAUGUCAAGCGCCAAGUCAAGGAGGACGUGAACAAAGCAAACCCUCCCUGAAUAGGGGGGAAGGACUGGGCCUACCGGCAAUUUAUAAUUCUCUUUCGCAAAUCCGUAACUUUUCGUUGUCUCUUCAUAACGCUGAGGAAGUCCGAGUGAUACGCACGAAAUAUUCGUUUUGUUUUCUUAAUUUUUGCUCUGAGUUUUGAAAUUUUCUGCACUCAACGAGAAUUAUUUUUCUAUCAGAAAUCUCUUGCGCCGUAAAUGAAACCCGCAUUUUUAUUGAGGUUCAGUUUCAAUCCAAGCACUCGGAACUUCCGGCCAUAUCGACAAUGUCGAGUGAAUGGCUUCUUGAAAUGAGCAAUAUGCCUUGACAAGAACCACGGAUUUUCCAACCCCUUUCCCAGGGUUCUUGCGGAUUUUCAGGGACAACAUCAAUGUUCAAUGUUCUGGAAUUUCUACUAAUAAUUUCCAUGUAUUCCAAAACGUCAUGGGGAAACCGCAAAUUCCGGUUGGAAAAUUGAAAUCAAAUUGUUAGCGCCAUUCUAUUUUAGACUCCCUUUGGGUUCGGGAGAUGCAGUUGUCUAGUUUACUUCCAGAGGUCUAUUCAGCUGAUUUGCCUAGACUUUGUACAUGUUUGUAGUGGAAACUUUUCCUUCAAGGUCAUAUUUAAUUCUUAAAUGCUUAUGCAUGAGAUUUCCAACGGGAUGCCUCGUGUAUGACACCUUUGGAAGAUUUCCCGAUUUGAUACGUCUUUUAAGGCGGUAGAUGGCAUUAUUAAUUUGAAAUUUGGAGAAAUUUUUGUGCUCGGUUCUGUCAAAUUAAUACGGCUAGCUAGCCAGCGUAGCUGGCGGUGUUUUUGGUGAGUUGUUCCUUUUGUGGCUCCUUAAGUAAGAGAUAAAGCCGCGCGAAAGCUGAACAGUGGUCAAACUCGAAAACGAUGGGGGAGGGGGCGAGGGGCAGUGGGAAAAACCGACGGUUUUUCUCUCUCUACCCUCACCCCUCGUCCAUCGUUUUCUAGUUGAACCUAGAAUGUCUUAAGUCCCCUAUUUUUUCGUGAGAUCGUUGAGAUAUAGCGCGUCUUACCGUUAAUGACGACCAUCUUGAUUUUCAGAUGUACCGAGGGGGCGGACGUCGGGGAUUAUAGCUCUAGUGGGAGGGGGGCGAGAAAAAUAGAAAAAUAUUUUUCUCGUUUUCUCCCCAACAGCCCCCCGCCCCCUAAGUAGUUUUGACAAUCAUGCAAGAUGGCAGCCCAUAACGCAAAGCGCUCGAUCUCGACGAUCCUACGGAAAAAUAGAGGACUGUGAACAGUCAACGGGGCCUUACCCGUUCAUACUGAGAUCGCUUAAAUGAGAUCGAUCUGAGAUCGAUCGAGGCUGCUUUAAAUAGGGGCUAAAAACGAAGAAAAUCACACCAGUACACCUGCCAACUUUUUCUGAAAUAUAAGCAUGAGAUUUUUAUCCUGGGACUACACUGGGAUUUUUGAAGACGACACGAUCAUUUCCGAAGAUUCCCGAAGAAGUCCGAAGUCUUCCGAAGACGUCCGAGGUUUGCCGAAGGCGAAGUUUUCACUUGCUUUUCACUUCAAAAAUCAGAGAUCGCGAGGAAGGUAUUGUCAUUUAUUCAUUUUACACAUGGUUUUCGUUCCUUACAUGGGUCUGAGUUAACACAUUUUUGGAAAUUGUGGCAAGCAAGACGGCAACAUCUCACAUUUUUCAAUCAGGCGUAAGAAAUUGGCCCGCAAGCGUGAACCGGCGUGAGAUCGAAGUUUUCAACCCACAGGCGUGAGACUCACACCUAAGGCGUGAGAGUUGGCAGGUAUACACCAGAAAAACCACGAUGUGUACUGUAUCGGUGAAUUUGCUUUUUUUAAACGUCUUAUUUAUCUACUUAAAAUAUUAAACCAUGGCUAACGAUGACUUGAAUGUCGGUCAAGGUUUUUAAGACACUUAUUGGAGGCUACCUAAAUGUGCAAACGUCUUGACCCUUUUUUUAACCCUCAAUCGCUAAAAUUGACCUAAAAUUUAUCAAGUUGGACAGUUUGCUUGUCCUACCCACAGAAGAAAGGGAUGAACAAUUCAAACCGCGGUCUAUAUGGUGAAAGGACUUCGUUUAAAUGACAGGCUCUCUAGUUUUACAGUAAAUAAGCUAAUGCUAAAAUAACAAUUCAAAAUCACGUAAUAAGUUAGCACUAGCAAAAUUUAUUCUUACCUGUUAAGACCUUGUUCGUUAAAAAAAAGACGGUUCCUUAUUAAAACAAAUGAUCCACAAUGGCGCGAAAGAUUUGUACAGGCCGCCAAAAAAUGGCGGGAAAAUUCAGCGCCUGCUUCAAAGAGCUGACGCUGGUCAGAAGUGCGGCUCAAGUCCGCCAUGUUUGUUAUGUUGCUCGAACACGCGGUUGAAAAAGUUGUAAAUGACUCGUAAAAACAGGCACGUCUUGGACGAAGUAUGGUCCAAAAGGAAGCGAAAAUGUAAUAUGAGUAAUUUUUUAGAAAAUUGUUGUUAAUGUGCUUUUGCAUUUAGACUUGGUUUUGAAGUUUUCUGCACGAAAACACAAAGCAGCUUCUACCUUAAAGUAUGAUUGCCUUCUUAAAAAAAAAUAAAAAGUUUGAAAUUGUCUUUUCUUUUUUCUUCAGGUUCGCGUUGUGGGACUUGCAGAACCGGGGAGCCCUACGAUCAUGCAUCGCUCCAUGGAACUUAGGGCUUUGGAACAGCAAAGAUUCAGGUGAAUGCUGAAAAAGUUGUUAUAUUUAUGUGAUCACAAUACUGUGUGCGCGCAGCGUUAUGGAGUCCUUUGAGUAAGCUGAAAUGAUAAGUUUUGUUAUUUGUAUCGGUCAAGUCGAAGCUUCAACAUCUUCCCCGGGCAUUAUAAUUUUUUUUAUUUAGGGAGUAUUCAUAAUUUACCUAGAGGGUGGGCUAUGAUGAUUUUGAGGGGGGGUCACUCUUUUUCCCUACUAUGAUUUAGAGGGGGGCUGUGGAAAAUUUCCAACGGAAAUUACAUCAAGCAUAGAGGGGGGGGGGCAACCAUUUUUUUCCUGAAAAAGAAAAGGAAAUGAAAAUUUGCUUUUGGACGCAGUGCAACUAAAAGACUACUUUCUCUCCAGUACCAAUUCAGAUAGUUAAAUUUAUUAUCAGCCAAUCAUUCAAUCAGCUUUUCUCAAGAAUGUCCAAAAUAGAACAAUUUUGAAUUAAAAAUGCAUAGAGAUUUAAUUGGACUGAACAUUAUAUUUUCAUAAAUUGACAUCUUGAAAUAUCACCAUUUCAUUAGUGCAAGUUGUUACUGAUUUACUAUGUUAAUUACUAAUAACGCUCAAUAUACCUCUCACAAGACUUUGAUAUGGCUAAGGAUGAGUUUGACAUGUUGUACUUAUGUGCUGGGGGAGGAGGGGGGGGAGGGGCGAUGAUAUUUUCCUUUGAUAAAUCAACAUCUCUUGAGGGGGGGUCAGAAAAAAAACCCUGAGAUGAUCAGGGGGGGGGGGCUUCAAAAAAAUGAAAGGAAAAAAUAAGGAAAUCAUCAUAGCCCACCCUCUAGAUAAAUUAUGAAUGCUCCCUUAUCAGCGUUCAAAUUUGCCCCUCCCCGAGCCAGAAAGUCGUUCAAAAGCCCCAUCACAGAUCCAUGAUCAAACUCGUACCCAGAUGCUGAAGGCGUGAUCUAGUCAAGAAAGACAAUUCAAUUUUUUUGAUUGGGAGCUCAAACUGUUUAGAUAGUGGUGUGAUUGUUUUCAGCUGUCCUCGUUAUGUAUGGCGUGUACAAUUUAUUCUUUACAAGGUCUCAAGUUUUUUUCUAAAAAAGCUUUUUGCUAAGCAGUUUAUUACAUCUUACUAUGAACUGCAAAACCUUUUUUAUAUUAGGCCAUCCCCUUUUUUUAUCGUUUAGCGUUUGCAUUUCCUGAUGUUGGGUCAGUCGGUCGGAUUGAAAAAAAAAAGCGUUAAAAAAAAUCACAAGAAGUCUCGAAAUAGAUAGGAGGCCCUGGUACCACAGGAUGACGUUAAAAAUUAACAUUCACAUAUUUGGAUGAACAAAAUGCACAAUAUACUGUAAAAAUUGUUCCUGUUUUUGUUCCUGUUUUUCCCUCUGCUGUUACUACUACUCAUUUUUCAGAUUAAAAUAAUUAUUUCAAGAGAAAAAUGGUUUAACUACAUCAUUACUUUUUUUUUGGAAAUUGCCAAAAAUUUGGGUUGGUUGGACAACACUAAAUGCAGAAAAAAAGAGGAUGGCCUUACAGUCAAACCCUGUUAUGGACACAAAGUGUCCGUAUUAAUGGGCAAAUAACAGGACUAGGCAAUGUAAUAAUGAGGUGUGCACAUUAAACAGCUGUCCAUUAAAGUGGGAUUUGACCGUAUCUCAAAAAGGAUUUUUCAAAACUUUUUCCCGGUUUUAAGACAAAGGCUUCUCAAAUAACAAGGAAAAAAGAUAAUUUUGUCUUGUACAAAUUGAUGCAUACUAGAGAAAUUAAGAGUCCUGGUUAUGACCAAUGGCAAACAUCAGAUUCAAGUUGAGAAUUCCUCAGAAUAGAAAAUAAGCAGAUGAAAACUGUCUGGAACAAUUCUUACAGAUAAAACUGGCGACUGGCGUGAUACUGCUUAUUUUGGAGUUGAAGUAAUAAACACAGUAAAUGACAAAAUAUAGGGAAAACUUGGUCACAAAUUUGCAUUUGAUGUUUGGCAUAAACGUAACUCUUAAUCUCUCUACUGCUUUGAGCAUGCGCUACUAUAAUUAACUGCCAUGUUGAAUUUGAUAAUGUUUUCAAAACAAAAAGCUAGUGACCUUUAUAAUUUUCAUAACAAAUAUGUGUAUCGCUAAGCCUCGCAGGGUACAGGUGAAGGAAAGCAGUACAUGUAGGAAUAAAGGGAAUCAAACCAAGAGAAAAAGAAAUGUACGUGAUUAAAAAAACUAAUAAAUAAAAAAGAAAAGCAGAUCGGCCAAAAGUGAAACCUAUUGGUCACUUAAUCCUCGGGCAGACUCCUGGACCACUGUGCCACGCCAGCAUAUAUACACAUAGCACUGUGCCACGUCAGCAUUAUACACAAAGCACUUGUAAGAAUUUUUAUUGUCGGUAUUUAAAACAUUUUGCCAUGGAAUUCUGCAGAAUUCCAUGGCAAAAUAAUAAAGUUAUCCUUGAACUGUUGGAGGCGGCUGGUUGUAUGUGAAGUAAGCUGUUAUUUUAAAGUCAGUGAUCUGUUUUUGUCUCUUAACAGUGAUGAUGACUUAGCUGGAAGCAAGGAAACAAUUAGGUAAUUUGUGUAAAUAUUCUGUCAGAUGUGGACACUGUAGGAUAUGUAAUAAUUUUUCGGCAUUUAUAUAUGCCGUUUAUUUUUACUCUUUCCCUUUUUAGUAAUGAUAUAUUUUGGUUUUCUUUCUUAAACAAUUUGCAGACUGAAGCAGGAGUAGAGCUAAUGCCAAUAAAUACUGACAUCUUGACACUUAAUAAAUUGAGAGUUUUCACUUGGAUUCACCUUUGUCAGAGUUUCGUGGAUUUCAAAAUGAUAGCCCCAGAGAAAGCUUCAAUAUAUUGUGCAUUUUUCAAGUUAACCCAUUCACCCCUGAACCGCCCGUAACCGCCCGUGCGGAUCCAGGUCCUUUCUACCCUUUGUGACGUCAUCAGUUUUAACAGUCAAGGACAACUUUCUUCGGUAACUUGUGCAGAGUGAAGAGAUCUUUCAAACCAUACCAGAAUGACCACAAUUCAGUCAAGGACACCGGAGAAAGAAGCAAAAAACCACGUGACAAGGACCUGAAAAUCUCCAUGAAAAUCUUGUUCCAUUACCCACCUACCUUUCCUUUCACCUAAUCCUAAGAUCCUAAAAGCUUUCCUAAAAACUCUUCCCACCAAAAUGAAGCCUACUAAAUGCCCAGCAAGAGAAAAAAAAAAUGAGGCAAGAAAAGCGAAAAAAGAAGGGAGGAGAGAAAGCGAAAAGUAAAAGUCAAGACUGCUGUGUCACUUUUAAACCCAAAAACUAUGUCGAAAUUUUGCUUUCUGCGCAUGCCCGAACUUCGCAAGCUGAUAUUUUGCAUCUGGAUCAGAAGGCCGCCAAGUGUACGACCUGUAGACCGGUUUGUGGUAAGUUUUAGCUCUUUAUAGCACGACAGUGACCAGAAAACCACUCGACUAGCUUCAAAACGCGUUUUUCGGCAAAAUCUCCAGGAGCGAAUGGGUUAAGUUUGAUUUAUGGUAGUGAAAAAAUAUUUUGUUUUCCAUUGCUGUCAACAGAAAAGUUGUGAACAUGUGGAAAGGCUCAAACCCUGACCAUAAUGCCAAUAAAACAACAGCAGAUGUAGUCCUAGCUUUGAAGCAGUAUAAGCAGAUCACUCAGCAGCCUCAAAACAGUGCUUCAACCAGAGCACGGUAUAAUGUUUUUUUAAAUAAAUUUAUGGAAAGAUUUCCUCUCUAUUUUAGGUUUUGGGCGAAGUUUGCCUUUUUAAUUGGUUUAUGUAAAGGGGUCAUUGUUUACUUAACAAUAUUAUUCCUUAAUUUGUUUUUAGUUUUCGCCAUGCUGCAUUGCGUAGUGUAACGCGAAAGAAGCAGGGAACCUUCACAGUACGCCAAGAACCAGAGAAAGAUCAAGAUCAGCAGCAAUUGAAUCUUCUUUCCAUGUCUUUCUAUGGAUCAAAGCUUCUAACAGGAGGUAAUGUAUUACAAGUAUGUUGGAUACAAGUAUUUUCCAGCUUCAAGGGAGAAAUAGUUACCAGUAGAUCUAACCCUCGUGUUUAAUUCAUUCCCUCAUUUCUGGACAGAAGGUGGGAAAUUUUGUUGAAAAACUCCUUUUAAAGCUGGCAGUAGUCAGGCUGUUUCAGCCAAAUCGAACCAACCUAAACUACCCAAAUUGCUGUUUAUAAGUCAAGCUCUUGGCUACAUUCUGUCCCUGAUUCUAAAAAUCAGAUUUGGAAGUUCAGGUAUGCACAGAAAGCAAAAAAUGUGGUAGUCCCUUUUAUUGGGAACACUUUAUAAUAUUAAUUUAAUUGGAUGCAUGUUCCCCUACUAGAAACCAUAGGAAGAAAAGAAGUAUCUUAGGUCUGACUCUACUUAAUAAUUAAUUAUUGAGUUCUUACCCAAACAGAUGAAAAAUGUUUCAGCUUCAGUGCAUCUUCAUAUUCUGUUGUGAAAAGUGCCAAGAAAUUAACAGUGGAAGUUCAACUCAGUCAAAGGAUGCCCAGGUUUGCAUGUCAUUCUUGAGUAAGUAAUAACUUAAAGUCAAGAAACCUUGGAAGUAUGAAAUGUGACAGUUUUGUCAUCCAUAGUUCAUUUUCUUUACGCUCUUUGCUCAGAUCGCUUUUUAGUGUCAAACAGUUCCACUCUUUUUGCCUGGUCAACUAACAGACUUAACUUCGUUUUACAGGUCACCCGCUGUUUCACGUAAACAACUCCCAUUACCAGCUCCAUAUGACCCAAGAACACCAAUCACUCAAGAAAAUAAGAAUCAACUUUCCAUACCGGUUUGUAGAUGUUUGAAUUAUUAGUAAUAUACUUACAUGUACAGUGUACAAUGUUAUGUCUGUAUGGCUUGUUGAUUACAUUACGUUUUAGUCUCUUCAUUGACUAAGAAUUGUAUGUAGAAGAGUGUGAGUGAUGAUUUUGCUUAGAAAUUCAAAUUCUAAUUACUUCAAAGGCCCAGUUCAGAUGCCAUACUUCACAUGAACUUAGUUCAUUGAAUCUGAUUGGGCUUAUGUGAAGUAGGGAAUCUGAAGUGGGCCUAAGCUCUAAUUUGGCUCAUUGACUAGUUUCAAUGUUAAGCUCAGUAAGAAUGUACAUACUUCAAAAUAAUAAUCUGAAUAUAAUAACAUUUGAUUUAAUUUGAAAAAAAAUUCCACUCUUUCUUCACCAGGGUCCAUCACUGCUCUAUUAUUUUAGUUCCAAUAUUUUAUGUCAAACUCAAAUACAUUUCUAUUCAUGUAAAGUACAAUAUAAAGUCAAAAAUUAAUGUUUUGAAGGAAAGUAAUGGUGGGCCCUUAUCAACUCCUAAACUUGGAAGGAUGAUACCAUCGAGGGACAGUGCUUACAACACAGGAGAUACAGCCUCUCAAGCAACUCUUAACAGUGAUACCAUGGGCAGUGACUCAGCACAAGCUUCCAGUAUUGACUUUUCUGUUGAUUAUGAGACUCGUGAUGGCUCUGCAAGAAAUGGAAAGGACUAUAACAGUUUGAAAGGGACACUGGUGAGUAAUCAUAGAGAAAGUACAUUUUCCUCUGUUUCAAGACCUUUUGAGAGUUAGAUAGUUCAUUAAUUUGUGAAAUAAUGUGAUUUAAGUAUGUGUACUAAUAUUUGUACAGUGCAAGUAGGUAUUGUCAAGAGGAAUUAUGUAAUGAAAGAUAAAUUAAAAAUAACAACAACAAAAUUAAUCAUGUCGCAAAGACGAUCUUCUUUAAGUUCAUUUAAACUUUAUUGUUUAGAAAUUAAAACAGUCACAUCUAGAAAUAAUUAUUAUCAUUAAUAUUAAUUGCUUUAUUUUGCAGACAUUUAAACCAGGAGAUACUAAAAAGGCAUUGACAAUAACUCUAAUUCACCAUGAAGGAUAUACACAGGAGAAAGACUUUUAUGUGUUGUUGAAAAAUCCAGUGGGAAAAGCAGAACUAGGAGAACCUAACCUGGCCAGGAUCACAAUAAUUGAUGAUGAUGGUAAUGAUCUCAAUCUCUGUGAAAAGUACAGUGUAACAGGGCUGCAAAGAACAGUCGGUCAUCGGACAUUGGCUGACCAAAAUUUGCUAAUGUCCUACAAAAUCCCACCUGUGUUUGGACAUUAUGUCUGGAGAAUUCAUAAAUUAUUUUAGGGUAAUGAAGAAUAAAAAUCUGCCUUGGGUAAAUCUGUGUUAGGACGAUCUCAAAGUCACAAAACAACAUUGACUUUGUCAGCUUGCCAUGAAGGCAAGAAGGUGGAGUUAUGUUUUUCCUUGUAUAAGGCAGCGGCUAUUGCUUCACUUUUUUGCCGGAGGUGGCAAAACACCUUCUAAAAAUGCCACAUCUUCAUGAGUACUGUUACGUUUUUUGUGAAUGGCCUGUGAAUGCAAUAACCUUUGCAAAAUGAAAAAUACUAGCGGUUAACAACAUGAAAACUGAGCAUCAUUCAUUUCAUUGCAGACAAAAGCUGCAUAUUAUUCGCCGUUAAGUGGAUGAGAAGUAAUCAGAACACAGGCAAAAUGUACAUGAUAACAUCAUAUAAGAAUUUUUGGAAAGAUUUUGUGGUUGAGCCCAAAGGACAACUUUUGGAGUUAUCUUAAUCAUCUAUGCGAUAUUGUAGUCAUUUGGAACAACCAGAUGAUUGCGAAUAUGGAUCCCUGAGUUAGUUUUGAUAAAUCUAAGCAUACAGUCAGCUUUAGCUGUCACAUACUUAAAAUGGUCAGACCAGGUCAAGUCCUUCUUGACAUAAACACCGAGAUAUGAACUGGUGUAUUAUGUUAUGGCUGUCUACAACUAUUAUUAUGUUAACGCUAAAACCUGCUUGGUUGUGUUUUGUUUUGUAGAACCUGGGGAAUUUUCAUUUGAACAAGCAUGCUAUUUUGCUAACGUGGUAUCUGGAGAUGUAACAUGUAGUAUCAUUAGAAAGAAAGGCUGUGAUGGAACUGUUACAUUGACCUACAACACAAUGUGGGUUUGAGUAUACUUCUUAUUAUUUAAAUAAUUUUCUACAUGUUAUACUACUACAUGAGAAAUUUCUGCAAUUUGAUUGGCUUAGGGCAGUGGUAUUUCAGCUUAAUUUGAAAUACCUACAUGUGAAAAUUACAAACCUUUUGCGGGUAGUAGUAUAAACAAAUAAUAGCAUAAUUUGUACGUGAUAUUUGGCAUAAAUACCACUCGUGAUAUUUCAAAAUUGUCUCAAAUUUCACUCGCCUACCGGCUCGUGAAAUUACGUAUAACAAUUUUGAAAUAUCACCCGUGGUAUUUAUGCCAAAUACCACNGUAUAAACAAAUAAUAGCAUAAUUUGUACGUGAUAUUUGGCAUAAAUACCACUCGUGAUAUUUCAAAAUUGUCUCAAAUUUCACUCGCCUACCGGCUCGUGAAAUUACGUAUAACAAUUUUGAAAUAUCACCCGUGGUAUUUAUGCCAAAUACCACUACUAAUCAUGCCAUUACCUAUACUUAUUCAACCCUUUUAUUAAACUCAUGCAUUUUUGGUUUUUAGGAAUGGUACUGGCUCAGGUGGUUCUGCAGAUGACUUGAAUGAGAAAAAGUGUGACUUUGAGCAUGCAUUGGAGGGGAAGUUAGUCUUCCAACAUGGAGAGACAUCAAAACAGCUUAUCAUAAGAGUCAACCCUGAUUGUCAGGUAGGAUGUGUCUACAAUGUACAUUUAGAUCAGCCUUUGUAGUUUAAUACCAUCAGGCAACAUGUCACAACUCGCUUUGACUCUGAAGGUGACUACUACAAAGGUUGUUGAAACGUGAGUUACUGUCAACCACAGUCCUUAAUUCAGGACUAUUAAUUUUCACCCAGUUGAUUAUGCUCCACCAACUUAUGAUUGAUUUACUUGACAAAAAUUUUCCACUUCACAUUGCAAUAGUUGCUAUAGAACUGAUAUUAAUAGAAGAAUUCAGUAGCUUAGUGAACUAAUUAGGGUUCAAUAGUUUGCUUUUUUAUUAUCUGACCAGUGAAUACAUCAUGUAAUCAACUUAAGAAUUCCAGCUCUUUGCGAGGAUAUUUUAGGGAUGAGUCUGUAUUGUGUUAAUAGCUGCAAUGUACGGUUUUAUAUUUUUAUUGUAUUGUGCUCUAAUUUUUAGAUCAUGAUAACAAUAAACUGCCAAUGUCACUCUACAGUUUUGCUAAUUUUUUUUUUUUUUUAGCAAGUCGGUUUUCUCACUUAAUAAAAAUUAGGCUCUUUCACUGAUUCGUUCAUUCACACUUUGUGGGAUGUCUUAUUUGUAUAAUAAAUUGCAAAAUAUAAUUUUCUAAGCUACCUGUGUUUUUCCCUUCACUUUUACGUUAUUGAGUGAGUUAUUUCUACAGAUUCCAAUCCAUAUUAAUUUUUUCAAUAUUUCAGAAUAAAAACUUCAUUGUAUUGUUGAGUAAUCUAAGUCCAGGAGCCAAACUUGGGAAGAAAAGUGCUGCAGUUGUUAACAUAACCAAUGGUAAGCUUGUUGAAAAAGAUGCCCAGGCAGCCUGUGUUCCCUCAUGGGCAAUAUCAUUAUUUGCCACUCACAGGAAAGAGGGCAUGGUACAUUUUUUAUCAGUUAACUUGUGUAAAAGCCAGAAUCUUGAUUUCUUUUGGAUUGGACCUGACACAAUAGACAUAUGAAUAGAUUUACAGUUAGUGUUGCGGUUGUUGUUGUGCCUCAUCAAAAUCUGACUGCCAUUAUCUAAUGUACAUUAAAUGGCUUAAAUUCUAUUGCAUUUCACACAAUAUCUUGACUGAACACCUAUUGGCUUAAUAUACUAUAACAAGACAAUCAAACAUAAGUUUCUUUAGUUUGGAGGGCCAUUGGUGACUCGCAAUGUAAAUAAUGCAUCAGUGUUUCUUUUUCCCCUUCUUUAUAAUUAAAGUAAAGAAGCAGGUUACCUUUGGGUGGAGCCUUCCCUCAUGUCUAUCCCUGAGUAACGGCUGGUAGAAACAGUGUCAUCAGCAACAAAACUAUCAGCAUUGUUACAUUUUAUAAUAGAGAGGAGAAGUUGUCUGGUCACGUUGCCAUGAUGGUAGCAAAAUUUCCGGAUGACAACAAACCAAAAACGUCACUUAAAAAGUGAAUUCGCACUGUUUUGAACUCCAUUGAUCUUAUUUAAUUUCAUUUAAUUUGUAAAAUGUUGGCGAAAUUGUCACAGGUUGAAUCCCAAAGGACCGUAUAGAAAAAGAAAAUUUUUGUGCUGUGUUCACCAACUCUGUAAAGUGGGUGCAUGAAUUUAGGAAGUUUGUCACAGACUUGCAACGAUGGCAAAGAAAUGUACAAAAAAGCGUGAUACACGUGCAAAGUUGUUGCUUUGCUAAUAUAAACCAAUUGCUUUUUUGCCGUUCCCAUUGCUGUCGCCGUCAUUGUUGCUUAAGCUUCCCAUUGUUGUGAUCCAGAAAUGUUGCUACCAUGGUAACGUGUUGUCACACUUCUCCUCUCCAUUUGUAAAUGAUGGUUGAUUUAACUUCCAGAAUUGGCCCCAAAUGGAAAUACAUUUUAUAACAACAAAGUCUACACCUAUUAUAACAACUCUCUCAUCGUUUAUAUUACUGUCGUCUUCUACUCGUGUCGAACUGCUUCUCAACCGCUAGUGUUAAACUUCUCAUACAACUUUCGCCUGUUAAGGGUCCAUUAAUAUUAAGUGCUGCUCCAAUGCAACCAUUUGUUUCAGUGGAAACUGAGUAAAUAUGGUGAUCUGGUCUUGCUUAAAAUGUUCUGUAUUACAUCUAUUUAGAAUGCAAAAUCUGUGAGAAAUUGUCUUUGAAAUUGAGGACAGGGAGGAAGGAAGGGGUCUAAAGCUUCAAAAAGCUGAUUUUGUUAUUGAGGAAAUUGCUCCAAAUAAAAUAAUGAACACUAACAGCUGAUGUUGUUAUUAAGGAAAUUGCUCCAAAUAAAACAAUGAACACUAAGAGUUUGUUCCUUCCUCAUGGGGAUGUAUUUCUCUUGUUAGUCAGGAAACAUUUUGCACAUUAAUCAGCAAAAUGUGCAAUCAUGCACUUGAACUGAUUCAUAAUAAUAUUAUUCAAGUUUUGGAGAAUUGGUAAAAGUGAAGAAGAGCUCCCCUAAAAUUAUGUCGGCCAUUACUGUCAGUGAACUGUCUGCCGACAGUGGUAAAUAAGGAAGAUUUAAGUCUGAAUAAACCUUGAAUAAUUCAAGAUCGUUCAUCUUGAGUAAGUAAAAUUAAAAAGUCACACCUGUCCUUACCUGCCUACCCUUUUUCUCACAGUAAAGUUUACAUGUGUUUUAUUCAUCGAAAGUAAUAAUAAUUAUUUUUACUUUGUUUCUCGUUGACCUGAUAUUGGACUGUGUGCAUCUGACAGCUGUCAGUUCAUUGUUGUCUGCUUUUUCUCAGGUCUAUAAUGUUCUUUUCCCUCUUUUUGUUACUCUCUUCAUCUCCCCUCUGCAUGGCUGCAUUGCAUUUAGAGUGAAAUUUAUUCUUAGUUUUUUGACUGCAUGUUUAUCAUUGUGAAAAGGGCAAUAGUUAUUCAAGGAGAAGAGGAUGAAGAUGGAAAGCAAGAGCCACUUAGUACCAUGGACUUUGUGCUUCAUUUUCUGACAUUCAUUUGGAAAGUUCUUUUUGCCUUUGUUCCUCCAAGGUAACUUAAAAUAUUACAGUAUUUAUUAUAGUUCCUCUAUCAUUAAUAACUAACAGGUGAUCUUGACAAAAAGAAUUGUUAGUCCUCUCUGAAUUCUGAAAAGCAACUUUCAAGCAGCUCUUCUCCAGGAUGAAUCUUGAAAAUGUGACUUAAGAAAUUUCUCCCCUUGUUCUCAAAUCAUGCUUGACUCUUUCUCCCUUGUACUGCCAUGCAAAUGAUCAGACUUGAAGAUGCAUCACCCUACAUGUAUGUUAUUUUCAUCAUUUUCAUACUUUAAAAAACCAAAAAAGUGGACUUUAUUAGUGUUUAGAAAAUGCUACAUCAGUCUUUUUAUCCAAGUGCUGGUAGAAUACUUUUUGUAACUGCCAUGAAUGGUUUUCCUUUUUCACAGAAACUUUCUUGGCGGAUGGCCAGCCUUUAUCAUUUCCUUGUUGUUCAUAGCAGGUCUUACUGCUUUAGUGGAACAGGUACACAUAGACUGUAUUUUCUUGUGCAAAAGAUGUUUCUUCAUGCAUGUUGUAAAAAAUAAAUGUAUUCAUUGACUUUGGGCACUUUGUUCACGAGCUAACAAGUCUUGCAUUUCAUUUUUCAGCUUGGUAAGCUUCUUGGUUGUGUAGUAGGGCUCAAGAACAGCGUUACUGGGAUCACAAUUAUUGCAAUUGGAACCAGCUUACCAGAUACCUUUGCCAGUCGCAGUGCUGCUUUACAUGAUAUCGGAGCAGAUGCUUCCAUCGGCAACAUCACAGGUCAGUCCAUCAAUUUGCUGUAAAACCCAUCAAUAAAGGCUUGUAGUGCAUUUAGUGGUGUGCCUGUCAUCAAUUUAGUAGACUUCAAACUAAAUGAAAACUUGAUGCUUAAUACAACCUUGCCAAGGAAUCGUAAAAAUGCAGACAUAACAAUCUGACAAACUGAUCUUUCACAUCCUUAAUUAUCUUGAACACUACUGCCAUGCCAAAUCUUCAAUCAUUUGUUUACUACAAACAAAAAAGGUUGUUAAACAGGUUGUGUCAUCAGUGAGUGUCAAUGUCAAUAAAAUCCUUCCUUUGUAUAAUGGCCUCACUCAAGCGAGGGAAGUCUACUCUUAAAAGACGGUCACCUGAAAGCAGUGUCAGGUCUGGUGGGCACGUUGUGAUUGUUUUAAACAGAACGACAAUUAAUUUGGUCUAUUUACACAUGUUCAUUUCGUUGCUCUCAGCUAGAUUAAAAAUGCAAAACUAAGGUCUUCCUGGUCUUUUAAUAGAGGUAACAAUCACCCCUAAGAUGGCAUUGGUAAGUAGAGGCUAAUAAUAAUAAUUGUAAACAAUAAUAUUGUUUACAGCGAUUUACUGACAACUUUUUGGGGUUCUAGCAAAUUGCCUCUAAACAAAGGGGAACCAAUUUUUUUUCAAUAUAGGUUUGACUGUCACCCAAUUAUGUUUUCUCUCCUAAGAGGUAUUUAUGUCCUAUUUCACAGGGAGUAAUAGUGUGAAUGUGUUUCUUGGUCUUGGAUUGCCCUGGGUUAUAUCCACUUGUUACCAUGCAGUGAAGAAAACCAAGUAUAUUGUGUACAGCGGAAACUUAACCUUCUCUGUUGUGAUCUUCUCAUCGUUUGGACUUGUCUGUAUUUUGACCCUUGUCAUAAGAAGAUGGGUAAGUUCUCUUGUCAAAAAAUGGUUCAUUCUUCCCAUUCUUUUUGUAAACAUUUUUUGUUAAAAACUGAAAGGUUUGAACCCAGGAGUCAUUUCAUAAGUGGGUUGAGUAUGAUUGUCUGGGAGAACAUAGUCCUGAAUAGGACUGUUGUUGUUGACGGUGUCCAGUCAUUCUCUGGACAACUUACAAUUUGAGUAACAGUAAACGACUGUUUAACUAGCUGUGACAGUAGAUAGAUUGAAACACAUCAAUGACAUUAUGAGUCUUCAUAGCCCAUAACAUCACGGCUUAACUGAUAGACGACCAAUAAAAUCGUGACUUAAUUGACCAAUCAGGUCAAUAACCAGAGUUUGAUACCAUCAACUGACGUGAUACAACUCACUUUGACUCUGAAGAUGACUACUAGACAGGUUGUCGAAAUGUCAGUCAACAAACAACAGUCCUAUUCAGGACUACGUUCACCCCAAGCUUUCAGAAAAAUGUUUCUUACUUUAGUGUAGCAUUUCCCCUCGAGCAGCUUCCAUGUUUUUAUUCCAUUAAUUACCAUUAAUUAAUUAAGCUCCUUUUCCUUUUCCCUACUGUAAAUUUGUUCUAUUUAUUAUUAUUAUUUAAAUAAACUUAGUCAACUGAUUGUGGUCAUUCAUUAAUAACAGAUUGUUGCUACACAUUACUGAUUUAAUGAUAAUUAUGAUAAUGUCUUAGGUAAUCAAAGGAGAACUUGGUGGUUCAGCAACAUCAAAGUGCUUAACAGGGUUAUUCUUGGUGUUUCUGUGGUGUAGUAACAUUGUACUGUCCUCACUUAUGGCUUAUGGAAUAUUGCCAGUGACAUUUUGA